AUGAAGAAAGUCACAUUAAACAAUCAACAACGUUAUCAAAUCUGUUUAACAAAGCAAGAUGACCCAAGAAUAACCCAAAAAGAAUUAAUUAAUUGGUGUGAACAAGAAUUUGGUAUAAAAUUUGAUCAUGCAACUAUUUCCAGAACAUUAAAGCGCUCAUAUGA